AUUAUUGUUGUCUUAAUUUUCGACGCGAGCGGACGUGUUGCGGGUGUUCGCUUUGCGGGAAAUUCGAAUGAGUUUGUGGGCAGGGUAUCGGAGGGAGGUUUGAUUUUUUGGCCAAGCAAACAAAAAAUCAACAUUCAAACAUUCGAAGGAAAAAAAAAACGCUCAGCCGUGCCGUACUCGUCGCUGACGUUUAAAAAGUUUACAACAAAUGGAUGCCCCUUCUCCCGCCUACUCUGUUGACAAAUACGAGAAAAUACAAGAUUUUAGUGCAAAUAAAUUUGUUAAGUAUCUCGGCGCGCGCGUACUGUGAGAUACUUUCAAUUCGGAUGAGAUUUUGGUCCCAGUGAAUACACAAAUUAAUACGGAAAAAAGAGAGUGCAUAACUAAACAAGAAAUGAAAAGAAAUCAACUUAAAAAUUUAAAUAAGUCGCAGUCCCAGUGAAAUGUAGUCCCACCCCCUCUGCCUCUGAUGCCUAUUUGUGUGCUCUGUAUUUGUGUGGCCACAGCAGCCGCAAUAGCUGGUGCCAGUAUGUGUGUGUAUCGAAAUUGCAUAAAUCUGAAACUCAAAGCAGGCAAUAACAAUAACAACAACAACAAUUGUGAAUUAAAGUUAAUUGCUUAAAAAUGUUGUCAAUUCAAAUUGUUGUGGCUUCAAGUCAGCCGGAACAAUUGAAGAGCAAACAAAAUCGUUUUGCUGCAUUUUGAAUUGGCGAAGCCAAUCUGAAAAAUCGAUCGGACCUAGAAGUGAGGGUGAGGUAAAACGACGAUGACGCGGAUGAUGAUGAUGAUGAUGAUGCCGCUACAAUUGCAAAUUUAACCAAAGAUGCCAAAAUGAAAGCACUCGCUCAUUAAACAACUACUUAAAUAGAAGAGAACGAGAGAGAGAUAGAGCCAAACGCGGAAGGACACUUUGUACAAGGACUAUGUUAAAAAUUUGACGAAAAUGUCGAAGAUUAGAGGACGCAUCCUGGUACCACUGCCCAAUACUGGAGCUAUGGGACGUAAGCGCAAUAAUUUCUAUAUGCGCAGCAUCUUUGUAUUUGCUCUCUGCAUUUUUGGUCUACUGCAGUAUCAUAAUUUCAACUACCUGGAUAGCCGGGACACUGUUUUAAGUGAUGCUGUCACCAAUGACUCAGAAGAUGCCAUCUUGGCCAUGGUACCGGCUCCAUUGCACAAAUAUUUGACUCCGCAUACGCGUAAUCACACUGCUGCAGCUACAGCAGUUGGGGCUAUGUUUUUGAAUUCCACCAGUGCUGGUGCUAUGGCCACAGCUACUACACUUAAUUUUGAUGUCUAUCAUCCGCCAAAUAUGACGGAAAUUAAACGUCAAAUAAUCCGUUACAACGAGAUGCAGUUGGUCCUAAAUGAGGACAUCUUUGGACCGCUGCAAAACGAUUCUGUGAUAAUUGUCAUCCAGGUGCACACGAGAAUCACGUAUUUGCGUCAUUUAAUUGUGAGUCUGGCCCAGGCCCGUGAUAUAUCCAAGGUGCUCCUUGUCUUCUCACAUGAUUAUUAUGACGAUGACAUCAAUGAUCUGGUGCAGCAAAUUGACUUUUGUAAAGUGCUGCAAAUCUUCUAUCCAUAUUCCAUACAAACCCAUCCCCAUGAGUACCCUGGACUCGAUCCCAACGAUUGUCCCAGGAAUAUGAAAAAGGAUCAAGCUUUAAUCACAAAUUGUAAUAAUGCGCUUUAUCCGGAUCUCUAUGGCCAUUAUCGUGAGGCCAAGUUUACUCAGACCAAACAUCAUUGGUGGUGGAAAGCGAAUCGUGUAUUCAAUGAGCUGGAAGUGACACGUUUCCAUACAGGUCUGGUUUUGUUCCUAGAGGAGGAUCAUUAUGUGGCCGAGGAUUUUCUUUAUAUACUGGCCAUGAUGCAACAACGCACCAAAGACUUGUGCCCACAAUGCAAUGUCCUUUCGCUGGGCACUUAUCUGAAGACGUUUAACUAUUACACCUAUCACAGCAAGACUAACAAGAAAUCCUAUGCUUCCUCGCUGAUCUCAACAAACAGUCUAUUAGGAUUCAAUAGGAACAAUAAUAACAAUAACAACAAUAAUAAUAAUAAUAAUUAUAACAAUAGAAAUUCAAUGCAAUCCACAUCAUCUGCGCAAUCAUCGUCAUCAACGAAAUCAUUAAAAAAUGUUAAAGUCUAUGUGGGCGACACUGUUGAUGUCAGUGACCAUGCUGGCGGCCACAAAAAUAGCAAGAGAUCGAACCACAUCGACACUGUCACCGCCACUGCCCCAUCUGACAACAAUAAUGAGAAUAGCAAUAAUAAUAACAAUAAUAAUAAUAACAAUCUUAACAAUAAAAAUGGUGCACAAACAUGGAACUAUCAUGUCCUGCCAUCAUUGUAUUCCGUCUAUCAGAAGGUGGAAGUGAUGCCUUGGAUAAGCAGCAAACAUAAUAUGGGCUUUGCCUUCAAUCGCACCACCUGGAUGGGCAUACGGAAGUGUGCUCGUCAUUUUUGCACAUACGAUGAUUAUAACUGGGAUUGGUCAUUGCAGCAUGUAUCCCAGCAGUGUUUGAAACGCAAACUCCAUGCCAUGAUAGUCAAAGGACCUCGUGUCUUUCACAUAGGCGAAUGUGGGGUUCAUCAUAAGAACAAGAAUUGCGAAUCCAAUCAGGUUAUCUCCAAGGUUCAGCAUGUCUUACGCAUAGCCCGUAAUUCACAUCAACUUUUUCCCCGCUCACUCACUUUAACCGUGCCCAGUUUGGUUAAGAAAUCAAAGCUACGUAAGGGCAAUGGCGGCUGGGGUGAUCUAAGAGAUCAUGAGCUAUGCCUAAACAUGACACUGGCAACGAGGUUCCGUCCAGGAUUGAGGUCAACUAAACUGCAAGGCCAUGUUUUCUAAACGAAAUUAAAACCAAACUCAAAACUCAAAAAAAAAACUAAUUCCCAAAUUGUGCCGAACAAAAAAAUACAAAAACAAAUGAAAAAUAAAUCAAUUUAAAUAGAACAAAGAGAACGCAUCAACUAGUCAUAGUAAAUAAACCAAGCACAUGGCUGAAAAAUAGAACAAAACCAACAAAUAUAUAAAUAAUAAAAAUACGCAUAAAAUUUUCUAACUAUAGAAAUAUCUUUAAUGAUGAAUUGAUAUAAUUAUUUUGUAAGCAUUGUAAAUAGUGAAAUUUUGUUGUAUAAAUCUCAUAAGUUCUUUUUAACAUAAUAUUAUAACAAAAAAGAAGAAACCUUUAAUCUUAUGUAAUUUGUUAUUUUUCCAAUUGUUAGUUCAAAGCGCUUUUAUGUAAUAGGAAUUUUUAAUCAAUUGAAAA